UUCGUCAGUGGAAUCAGAACAAGGUUUUGCUAGUUCAAUCCUAAAUGUGGUUUUACUUUGGAAAUAUUCUCUUUAUCUAACAUUGCGUGUGGUGCUUUUACCGACCAUUGAAACCUUUUGUAACAUCGAAAAAGUGUUCCAAGAACAUCCCUGAGAGCGUGCUGCGGAAAUGGCCGAGAAGGAGAAUGGAAAUAAAAAGGAUUUCACUCCCGAAGUGACUCAGAACGGAAUUGUCGAGCCGACUGGCAAAGACACACCCAUAAUGCCCAACAUACAAACGAAGGACAUAGAAGGUGGAGCUACUGGCGCCGCAGAUUCGAGACCAGAAUGGUCCAACAAGUACGAAUUUCUGUUCUCGUGCAUUGCAAUGUCCGUUGGGCUGGGAAAUGUGUGGCGCUUCCCCUUUACUGCCUAUGCGAAUGGAGGUGGCGCUUUCUUGAUUCCAUACCUGGUGGUGUUGUUCGUUAUCGGAAGGCCACUGUACUAUCUCGAAAUGAUAAUGGGUCAGUUCACAAGCAGAAGCUCGGUCAAAAUUUGGCACAUCUGUCCGCUUUUCAGAGGCAUUGGAAUUGGACAAUUGGUGGGAACAACGAGUGUUGUAAGCUACUAUGUAUCGUUGAUAGCACUGACAUUGGCUUACAUUUUCGCUUCCUUCGCCUCGGAACUUCCAUGGGCCAAAUGCCAGGAAUCUUGGGGUACCAAUUGUAUUAGUUCGGAAAUAACCGUUCGCUCUGGAAUCAAAAGUGACACGCUACAGAACGUGAGCAGCUCGCAGAUAUAUUUCCUGGAUGUCGUACUCAAGGAGAAAGAUCAAAUCGAUGACGGUCUUGGAACACCGGAUUGGAAACUCGCGCUCUGGUUGCUCCUAGCCUGGGUUAUAAUUUUCCUGGUCAUGGUGCGUGGCGUUAAGAGCUCCGGCAAGGUUGCAUACUUCCUGGCACUGUUUCCCUACGUGGUAUUGAUUACGAUUUUAAUCCGGGCCCUCACGCUUGAUGGUGCCUGGGAUGGGGUCAUAUUCUUCUUGAAGCCACAGUGGAGUGAGUUGCUCAAUCCGACAGUGUGGCGUGAAGCAGUUGUUCAGUGUUUUUUCUCUUUAGCUGCCGGCAUGGGUCCAGUAAUUAUGCUCGCUUCAUAUAACAAUUUUUUACACAACUGCCAUAGAGAUGCAAUGAUCGUGACAACCAUCGAUACCUUCACAAGUCUUCUGGGUGGAAUGACCAUAUUCAGCAUUCUCGGUAAUCUAGCUCACAAUUUGGGUAUCGAUGAUAUAUCGAAGGUGGUCAAGAGUGGCACUGGGUUGGCGUUCAUUUCAUAUCCCGAUGCAAUUGCUAAGUUUGACGUCGUACCACAGCUUUUUUCGGUUUUAUUCUUCUUCAUGAUGUGCGUCCUAGGGAUUGGCUCUGCAGUAGCUCUUUUCGGUGCUAUUUCGACGGCCGUAAUGGAUUCAACGACCAAGUUCAAAUUCUGGCAAGUGGCACUUGCGUUGGCCAUCGUGGGAUAUUGCGCUGGAUUGGUGUAUAUUACUCCUGGUGGCCAAUGGAUACUGGAUUUAGUCGAUCAUUACGGCGGUACAUUUUUAAUAUUCAUACUGGCAAUCGUAGAAAUAAUGGUCAUAUUUUGGCUUUACGGGUUGGAAAACUUCUGUCGUGAUGUCGAAUUCAUGACACAACGACGUGUUGGAAUUUACUGGCGUCUAUGUUGGGGUUUGAUAACGCCAGUCUUUAUGCUUGCUGUUUUCAUAUAUUCCCUGAUCGAGUACGAGUGGCCAACAUACAGCGGAAAGUCGUACCCUUCAGAUGCGCUGAUAUGUGGAGUAGCCUUAAUGGUUUUCGGGGUUCUACAGAUACUAACGUGGUCCAUAUGGCUGCUGAGCCAAGAUUCCAGUAAUCUUUCUCUGUGGACCAAAAUAAAAAACGCCGCAAAACCGAACUCUGAAUGGGGCCCUGCUUCUGAAACGAGUAGAAAAGCUUGGAUGAAAUAUAAGGAAGAAUCGAAAACAAGACAAGAAGAGGAAGCAAAUGCCAAAGGACAUUCUUCUGUUCUAAGAAGAUUAAACGUAUUAUUUGGUCGUUAUAAUGAUUUCAUUCCAACAGAUGAUCAUUAUAUCCGAACAUAAGUACCUACCUUUAUUUUUAAUCAAUUAAAAAUAAACUUCAAUCAUUAUUCAA